AUGAUGACAAUGGAGGGGACGAUGGAUAAGGGGGUGUUGGACGAUAUCAUACAGCGGCUGCUGGACGGCAAGGGAGGGAAACAGGUGCAGCUUUCGGAGGCGGAGAUCCGCCAGUUGUGCGUCAACGCACGGCAGAUCUUCCUCUCUCAGCCGAAUCUCCUCCAGCUCCGUGCCCCUGUUAGGAUCUGCGGUGACAUUCAUGGGCAGUAUCAAGACCUUUUGAGGCUCUUUGAGUAUGGUGGGUACCCCCCUUCCGCAAAUUACCUCUUUCUAGGCGAUUAUGUUGAUAGAGGCAAACAGAGUCUGGAAACAAUAUGCUUACUUUUGGCUUACAAGAUAAAGUAUCCAGAUAAAAUUUUUCUUUUGAGGGGAAACCAUGAAGAUGCCAAAAUUAACCGUAUUUAUGGAUUUUAUGAUGAAUGUAAGAGGAGAUUCAAUGUUCGACUCUGGAAGAUAUUCACGGACUGCUUUAAUUGUUUGCCUGUAUCUGCCCUCAUUGAUGAAAAGAUACUCUGCAUGCAUGGGGGGCUUUCCCCUGAGCUAAAACAUUUGGAUCAGAUAAAAGAACUGUCUAGACCCACUGAAAUUCCAGAUAGUGGUCUACUAUGUGAUUUGCUUUGGUCUGAUCCUGAUCCAAGGAUAAGGGGUUGGUCUGAUAGUGAUAGAGGCGUUUCAUGUGUUUUUGGGCCUGAUGCAGUAGCCGAAUUUCUGCAGAAAAAUGACUUGGACCUCAUUUGCCGGGGUCAUCAGGUGGUGGAAGACGGGUACGAGUUUUUUGCCAAAAGGAGACUCGUAACACUGUUCUCAGCUCCAAAUUAUGGUGGGGAGUUUGACAAUGCAGGUGCCCUUUUGAGUGUAGACGAAUCACUUGUUUGUUCCUUUGAGAUCCUAAAACCUACGGCAAGCACUUCAAAGGUUCCCCUAAAAAAGCCCCCCAAAAUUGGAUCCAUGUAA